AUGCUGAAUUCCUUUUGGGGUAAAUUUGCUCAAAAAGAAAACCAAAACAAAACCUCAAUAGUCAGAGACUGUGGUGAAUUCUUUGAUAUGCUGACUAAUCCUUCUAUUCAUGUAAAUACAGUUCUCCCGGUAAACGAAGAAACCCUUCUCAUAACUUGGGAAUUUAGAGAAGAGGCCUAUGACGUUUCUUCAACGGUUAACGUUGUAUUGGCUUCAUAUGUCACGGCCCUAGCUAGACUAAAAUUAUAUUCAUUCUUGGAGAAAGUGGAAGAAAGGGCAGUUUACGUAGAUACAGAUUCAUGUAUUUAUAUCUCUCGUAAGGGAUUAGACGACAUAUCUACAGGCGACUUCAUAGGUGAUAUGACCGAUGAGCUCAAUGGGGGUUUCAUAUCAGAGUUUGUUUCUGGAGGACCUAAGAACUACGCCUACAAAUAUACUACUUUGUCUGGAGAGGAACAGAUCGUAUGUAAAGUAAAAGGCAUAUCACUCAACUACAAGGCAUCCCAAGUAGUCAAUUUUGAGAAAAUAAAAGACAUGGUGCUGAAGAAAUCUGAUCCUGUUUCUGUACUUUCUCGACAGCUACGACGUACAAGAGAGCAUGCAGUAGUAACAGUCGAGUUUCCUAAGGUAUACAAGAUAACUUCAAUGAAAAGGAAAUUCUAUGAAGAUCAUACCUCUGUACCAUUUGGAUUUAAGAAAAUAAAGUAUUGA